AUGAGUUCUCAAAAGAGUUUUGAUAAUGGCGAACCUCAAAUGGUGCCUGUGGUAUAUGCAACAAUUUCGUCGAACCAAGAUCCGCAGGAUGUCUCAGAAGCACAACCAAUUCCAUCUGAAAUGAUUCAGGUGGAAGAUACUGCUGAAUCUGAUAUUCCGUAUCAAGCACAGCAGCAACAACAACAGCCGCUGCAUCAUGGACAAGAACCACUAUCACCCAGCACUGAUGAGACGGCCGGCCCUGCCACUGCUAUCCAAAUCGUCACCUUUGACGAACAGCCCGCAGAGGGAGAUGUGACCGAUAAUGCGCUACGUCAACAGGAAGAGUCAACGCCAUUACUGCAGCAAGAACAACAACCACAUGGUCAUGUUAUCGCGGCCGCCAAUUCCAACACGCCGAUUACCAACAAUCCUUAUGCAUCGGGUGCCUUCCACGACGAGACAUCAGUGGGUGGAGGGCCCGAAUGUCACAACCUCUUUUGGGCUGUUCUUUACUGGACACACAUUGCGGUAGUUGUGUAUGCUGGUACCCAACUUGCGCCUCAAGGAUAUCUCAUGAUGGAAAAAGACGAGUUUGACCUGCAGCAGCUCCACGACUUUAUGCAAGACAGAUUCGUCAACGACGACGACUUCACUGCCCAAGAUUUGGACGAGCUGACACACUUUCUUGACGAAUUUCAAGCCUGGUGGGGUGUCUACCCUCCUCGAAUAGCUUGGUUCUCAUGGGGGGUUGCUGUCGUUUCUUUCUUUCUGAACUUGGUGAAGAACAUCAUUCCAUCUCGCACUAUUUGCUUUGUCACCUACAGUUUGGUGAUAUUUGGCAUCAUUCUAGGCCUCUUUUUGAUGAUAUUGACAUCUGGAAUGGGAUUCUGGGGGUUUGUUAUCUCUGCCGUAUUGAUUGGAUUCUUGGCAGUAUUCAUCCGCAAACAGCUAUGGCCAAAGAUACAUUUCGCGGCUCUGAACCUUGAAAUCGCUUUGACAGGGAUCGGAAAGAAUCUCGGAACAUAUGCUUGGGUCAUGGCUUGGGCAAAAAUGACGAUAGCCUGGAUCGCAUUUUGGUGUUACACCUUCCUUGGUCUGAUGCAGUAUGUGACAACCACAAAGUGUCCGCAUCUGAAAUUUGAUCCUAGGAGCGACGACAACGAUAUCCUUUGUUUCUGUUGUGGCGCUACCAAUGUCGUCUUGUUGGCCCUACUUUUAUCCCUUUAUUGGACACUAUCUAGUGUAGCGGCCACAAUCCAGGUAUACGUUGCAGGCGUAAUGGGGACUUGGUGUUUUGACAAGGAUGCGGCUGGAGGGUUCUGUUCCACCGCUGUGACAAGUUCUAUUUACAGGAGUCUGACUUUCUCAUCAGGCCCCAUUGCAUUCGGUAGCUUGCUUCAAGGUGUGGCCAAGAUGCUUCGAUCAAUACUAAGCCAUUCCCACCGAAAUCAACAUCGAAGCAGCCAGCUGGUAUACGAUUCUGGCGACGAUUGUCGAUGCUGUUGCUUUGGUCUCUGUGGUCUUGUGCUCGAGUGCUUAUCUGAACUCUUUGGAGACGUCCUCGACUACUUUUCUCAAUGGGCAUAUGUUUUUGUGGGUAUCAACGGCACCUCUUAUCUCGAAAGUGGAAAGGCAGUAAUGAAUCUGUUCCAGGAUAGGGGCUGGACCGCAGUGAUUACAGAUCGCGUGGUUGGCUUGGUGCUUGGAGUCGGAAUCUUGAAUGGCGGAGUUGGUACUGGUUUGGCGGCUAUCGCAAUCGAACGACUGGUAACUUGGUGUUUUCAUUCUGAAAACGGUGACUCUGAUCUGCCUCCAUCCUAUGUCUUUGGACCUCUGAUGAAUAUCCCAUUGGUCAGCUUCAUACUGGGUUUCAUUAUUGGUUGCGUCGUGUCAGGAAUCAUGAUGAAGGUUAUUCAUGGUGCCGUCAAUACUUUGAUUGUAUGUUGGGCAGAAUCACCAGAUGCCUUUGCAGAGAAUCACAAGCACUGGGCAGAUAAAAUGACAGAAGUUUGGUCAUCAGCCUUCCCAGGAACUCAAGACCACAAUGGCCGUGCCCUUUCGGAUACCACGAUUUCAGCGGAAACUACAAACUCGGGGAGGUAUGGUUCCACGGGUAUGAAUAAUAACUAA